AUGAAGGUUUAUUGGAAAGUUAUCUCGGACAUAAUCAUAUACUUAGGAGUAACGGCCUUCACCUUUCUGCUGGUGUUUGACAAGAUUUCAAUGAUCCGGCCGUAUGAGCGAGGUUUCUACUGUGACGAUCAGAGUCUAAUGUACCCGAUAGUAGAGGAGUCUAUUGAUGAUGGAACAAUCAUCGCCAUGUCGCUCCUCAUCUUCCCAGCAGCCGUUAUCGUCGUGGAGUUAUUCUACGCCUGCUAUAACGGUAGUUGUUCUGACAUAAGCGGGACACUUUGGGUUUAUGUUAAAAACCUGUACAGAACGGUCGGGUCGUAUCUGUUUGGAGGUACAGCAACCAUACUUGUUGUAGAAACACUCAAGCUUUUCUUUGGUCGUCUCAGACCCAAUUUCUUCGCUAUGUGUCAACCCAACUUUACAGCCAUCGACUGCACUCAAGGUUUCAUUCGAGACUUCCACUGUAAUGAGACGGACGAAGAAGUAAUAGCUGAUUUAAGAAAAUCCUUUCCAUCUGGACAUUCAGCUGCUGCAGCCUACGGCAUGUUAUUUCUAGUGGUGUACCUACAAUUUAGACUGCUCCUAAAAUGGGUUCGCCUCUUGCGCCCCUUCCUCCAGACCCUCGUCAUCAUACUGGGCGUUUUCAUUUGUGCAUCACGUCUCCAAGACUAUCGUCAUCAUCCCGGUGACGUCAUAGGCGGCGCCAUUGUUGGUUCACUAGGGUGUCUUUUAACAGUUAUAUUUCUUGCUGACAAAAUGAAUUAUAUGAACCGUGCAUAUCUAAGGAAGAUGGAAGAACGAAAUGAGAAACGCAUGGAGAUGGGGAAGUAUAUAGGAACUGACAAUCUGGCGUUUAGAGAUUCAGUGCUCAGCAUAAACAUGAGCCAACUUAGCGUGGAAAAUGGACCAAAUCCUCACACUGGUGCAGCUAGGCCGUAA